UGUCCGCCCGCAAGCGCCUCGAAGACCGUAAAAAACCCGUUCGCUCCUCCCUAGCAACCACCGGGAAGAGGAGCACUCGGCCCCCACACGGAGCACCGGCCGCAGACGGCUCCUCGUCGAUGGGAGAGGAAACCCCGAGAGUCGCUUGUCAGCGUCGAGUCGAGCGGCUCGGACCCGCCUCCCCAGCCCGAUGUCAGCGCGCUGCUUCCUGCCUCUGCUCCUGGCGCUGUCCGCACAGGCCGACUUCUUCCGCCUCGACAGCAUCUCCAACGUGUCCAGCUACUAUUUCAAUUACAUCUAUUGCAAUAUUUGGGAGGGGGAGUGUCAGCCCAACCAAGACGAUGCUACACAGCAAGUUCCGACCAGAGACCUGUGGUCAGGGAUCCCUCAGGACUACAUCAGCCUGCUGCACCAGUGGUACUGUAGCCUGGGCCAGUGCUGCGAGUCUGGAGACUGCAGGGUAACCAACAACAUCACAGGUCUGGCCAGGGACCUUCAGAUGAAGCUCCACGGGCAGCACCUGGCUCAGUCCGUGGUCCUGAAAGCCACCCAGGGUUUCAUCAACAACCCAGAGUCCAACAAGCCGCUCACGCUCUCCUUCCACGGUUGGUCCGGCACCGGCAAGAACUAUGUGGCCCGCAUCAUCGCGGACAACCUGUAUCGUGACGGGGUGAAGAGCGAGUGUGUCCGGCUGUUCAUCGCCCCCUUCCACUUCCCGCACGCCAGACUGGUGGACACGUACAAGGGCCAGCUGCGAGAAGCCAUCCGGGACAUGGUGUUGCGUUGCCCCCAGACUCUGUUCAUCUUCGACGAGGCCGAGAAGCUUCACCCAGGCCUCAUCGAUGCCAUCAAGCCCUUCAUGGAUCACUACGACAAUGUCGACGGGGUUAGCUACCGCAGAGCCAUCUUCCUCUUCCUCAGUAAUAUUGGUGGGGCAACAAUCAACGAUGUGGCACUGGACUUCUGGCACUCUGGUCAAAAUCGAGAGGACAUUGGAAUGGAAGACCUGGAGCAUCGACUACGAACAGAAACUAUGGAGUCUCAAGGUGGCUUUGCGCAGAGCGAGCUGAUGUCCGGCCACCUCAUCGAUUUCUAUGUGCCCUUCUUGCCUCUGGAGUAUCGCCACGUGAAGCUCUGUGCACGUGACGCCUACGUAGCCCGGGGUCUGGAGACGGACGAAGCCACGCUGGAUGAGGUGGCCAAGGCCAUGCUGUACGUCCCUAAAGAGGAGAGACUGUUCUCAGCCCAGGGAUGCAAGUCCAUACCCCAGAGGAUCAACUUCUUCCUCCCAUAGAGGGAGAGACCGAGCUGGAGGUGUGAGACUACUUAACCAGCCCAUCUGCACACAGAGCCACAGACGAGAUGUCUCUUUUCUGCUCUGAUCUACGUAACCCCCCCCCCCUCACACACACACACAAAGACAGAUACAACAUAUGUAUGUCCAGGUCUCUCAGAAAAGGCCAAACAUCUGGGCAGGUCCAGCACUACGAGAGACCCGCAGCGUGGCUCACCCUGCAGACUCCAGUGCCAUUGCAGGAGACGUCUUUCAAACAUGAUGUCCAGUGUGUGGCUGUUCUCCUUCACCUGCCUUUUUAAUCCUCACGAUGAAGAAGUGAACAGCACAGUAAUAGUGGUUGUGCAGUGUCAAAGUGGAAUAGACACAUUAAAGUUCGAGGUCUUUUUUAACGUCACGUCAUAUGUCAUGUGUUAGUAUUUGCAUGUCAGACAUUGCAGUUUCUUUAUUGACCUAAUUUGUGCCAUAUUUGAACGUGUUACUGUAUCUGAUUAUUUUUGUGGAAUUGUUUGAAUGCACAUUUAGGGGUUCUGUAUGGAGUGUGUAACAGCUGACAAUAACAUCAAUGAUGGACAUUUUACUUGAAAUUGUUACAGGAGUUGACCAGAUCAUUUCCAAAAAAAAGUUAGGUUUUUGUGUGCGCGCAAUUUGAUUUAGGAAUAAUGCUUUUAAUAAUUUAUGUUUGAUCUCAAUGAUUUUAAGAGGGUCUAUAUGAACCUGAACCUGAUAAAUGUUUUAUUAUUAUCAUCACCAUUGCUUAAUAUACAGAAUUUUACUUUGAGGCUUGGUUAAUUUAUUUAUCUCUUACACACACACACACACACAGAGGUAUGAUUUGGUUGGAUUUAGAGGUCACAUCACAAGAAGAAUGUUUGAAAGAAAUGAUGAUGACAUUGUUUAAAAAAAAUAAACAAAUACACUAAAACCCA